AUGGAAGACGCUUUGCUUCAGGUUGUCGGAAUGGUAUUCGAAUCUGUGAUGUAUCAAAUUGCUUCACGAUCGCAAGACGGGUUUUCCGGUCGAAUAUGGAAUACAUACACCGGUCACGGUAUAUCUGACCUUGCUGGGUAUGAAGUCUUGUGGCGCUGGAAUUCCUGGUCACCAGAUGGUAGGCGACUCGCUUCGCUUUUGACCGAUAGUCAAACGAUUCGUGUCUGGGAUGCAGCUUCCAGUCAAGUCAUGACAAAUUUACGGCGUCAUCGCGAAUUGAUCCACUUAGACGGCACAGUUCGUAUCUGGAAUCCAGUCACCGGUCAGAGCACGGCAGCCUUCCGAACGAGCGAUAGCUAUAUGCUCAAAUUCGAUGACACUCAUCCAACCCGUCUUCACACCAGCGUCGGAACAUGGGACGUGCAGCCCAACGACUCUUCCACGCCUGCAUAUGACAAGUCUCUUCGACGUGUCAAGCCUCGUGCAUAUGGAAUCAGCAAUGACGAGUCCUUGAUCACAUACGAUGGGUGCAAUGUUACUUGGCUUCCCGUCGAAUAUCGCCAUGUUAGCAAUAUCUGGCCCUACGAUGACUAUCGACAAGACAAAUGUAGCAGAUUCUUUGCACACGGCAACAGAGUAACUAUCAUCCAUCCCACAAAGGGCUGCCUCGUCCUCAAGUUCUCGAAUCGACCUCCCUUGCCCAGCUCUUGA